UCUUUCUCUUUCAGCACCACUAAAGACACGUCUCUGAAUGGAUACUACAUUCCCAAAGACACUUGUGUGUUUAUCAAUCAGUGGCAGAUCAAUCACGACCCUGAGCUGUGGAAAGACCCGUCUUCCUUCGUUCCGGAUCGUUUCCUGUCCUCUGACGGCAGCGAGGUGAACAAGCAGGAAGGAGAGAAAGUGAUGGUGUUCGGCAUGGGGAAGAGGCGCUGCAUCGGAGAGGUCAUCGCUAGAAACGAAGUUUACCUCUUCUUGGCGAUCAUCGUCCAGAAACUGCACUUCCACGCCAUGUCGGGGCAAAAGCCGGACAUGACCCCCGAAUACGGACUCACCAUGAAACACAAACGCUGCCACCUGAGGGCCACGAUGAGGACGAACGAGGAGUGAAGAUACUCAUAUCUGUGCAGUUUCCGACUCAACUGAAGUCGACUCAAACACUGUAAAGGGUCAGGAGAACAGGCGGUGAGAGAAGAGGCUUCCUCAGAAUGUACUAGAUGUUUGAUCUACAGAGCUAAUGGCAUUAAAGUGAAAUGUGCUUUUUGCAGAUUGUCAGAGAUGAACAUAUCAUGUUUUUGGUUUUCUCAGAGAUAUUCCUGCACAUUGUUGGUGCUUCGAAGAAGAAUAAGGAGCUGCGUGGUUCUGCUGUGCAUUAAAUAAACUGCAUUAUUAAGAAGUUCUGCUUUGUUUGGGACGAGCAGGUUUUACUGAGGCAUUAUUAUUUAGGCGAUUGCAACCUAAAUUCUUUCCUUCUCUCACACAGGACUCUGAACUGAAAUGAUAGUACCUUGUGAUAGCAUUUAAAAGCUAACUAUUUCCCAUUAUAAUGUGGAUUUAAGACACUGAAGCUAUAUCUGUAUCCCAAAAUGUGAUUAUUUUUUUGUGUGUAUAUCAAGCUAUUUGUAUUUUUUUGAAGACAUUUGUAUAUGCCUAGCGUUUGUAUAUUUUUGAGGUGAGAAACGUUUUCGCUCUGCAUCUUUAAGAAAGCCAAAAGAGUUCUUAUGGAAUAUAUCAGUAGACCGUUAUUUUUAUUUGUAUCUCUAAUGCAUCGAUGAUUGUAUCACAUGUAAGGGCAUUGGAUCGGAGCAUCCUUUAAUCAGCCACGCAAAUAAAAUAUGUUGUAAGAAUGA